GGGACGAUAUAAAAUGACAAUCCCGCCCAUCCUACUCCCUCUCGUACUCUGUACCGUCGUAGUAUUGUUACAUGCCAGCCAAUUAAAAAAACCCCUAAAACCUUAAAGAAAUAAAAUCCCCAAAAUCUCUCUUUGUCUCACUUUCCUUCUUCGUUUUCUCAGUCUUGGCAAUAAUUUCCUUUUUCUCAGAAUCUGAAACGCCAUGUACAUUCAAUAGGAGAUUUUACACUUGUACGACGUCGUGCGAUUGACGCAUUGGGAUGAGAGAGGGUUUGAGAUCUGGAAAGCGCUCCGUGCAAGUGCAGAAAGACAAGGUUUUGCCGGAGGAAGAAGUUGAAGUGAAUUAUGACAAUCUAAAGCGUUCUUAUGGGUCUGGUUCUGUGAAAGAACUUAUAAAACUUGAGGAGGGAGGUGGGUCAGAGAAUGGUGAAUGUGGAAAGGAUGGAUUAACAAUUGGAGAGGGGGAUGGGUCAGAGAAAGUUGAAUGUGGAGAGGAGGGAUUAAAAAUUGAAGAGGGAGACAAGUCAAAGAAAGUUGAAUGUGGAGAGGAGGGAUUAAAAAUCGAAGAGGGAGACGGUUCAGAAAAAGUUGAAUGUGGAGAGGAGGGGUUAAAAAUUGAGGAGGGAGAUGGGUCAGAGAAAGUUGAAUGUGGAGAAGAGGGGUUAAAAAUCAAAGAGGGAGAUGCGAAUAUGAAAAUGAAAGUGGAAGAGUGUAAUAAAUCUCAUGAUGGUGAGGUGUGGAAGAAGGUAAAAGGUAGGCGUGGUAGGCCCUCAAAAUUGCGAAAGAGUGAAGAAUCUGUUGGUUGUGUGGUGAGGAAGAAGGUUAAAGGUAAGCGUGGGAGACCCCCUAAAGUUAAGGAGAGUGAUGAAAUUUAUCAUGAGGAGGUGAAGAAGAAGGUGAAAGGUAAGCGUGGGAGACCCCCUAACAUUCAAUCUAGUGAUGAUUCUAAUGAUGAUAAAGCGAGGAAGAAGGUUAAACGUGGGAGACCCCCAAAACUGCAUGAUAGUGAUGAAGCUAAGGGUGAGAGAAGAAAUAAGUCAGAAUUUAAGUGCGAUGGGGAUGAGCGGAUGGUAAUGAAAGAUAAGUGUGGUAGACCCCACAAAAUGGCAUAUGACAGUGAAGAAGCUUAUGGUGAGGGAAGGAAGUGUUUGAAACGUAAGCGUGGGAGGCCACGCAAGGACCAUGCUAAUUAUACUGUUUUGAAGCCCAAGUUUGGUAAGGGAAGAAAGGUAAAUGGCUUUAGAAAAAGCAGAAGGGUGCCAGAGCAGAGAGAUAAUGGGAAAGGAUUGAAUGAGAAGAGGUUUGCACCUUCUAAAUGUGAAACAGAGGAUAGUGAGGCUUUGUCAAGGCUGACAUCAGAGGCAGUAAGGGUCUUGAAAGCUGAGGGUCAGAGUGAAAAGAAAAGGGCUGAAGCUAAGCAAGAGGAAGCAUUGGUUAGAAGUGAAGCAAAACAGUUGAUAAGAGACCAAAUAGUGAGACUUCUUUUUGCUGCUGGUUGGACGAUUGAGUAUCGGCCUAGGAAUGGUAGAGAAUACAAAGAUGCGGUAUAUGUAAAUCCUGAAGGGAAAACUCAUUGGUCAGUCACCAAAGCUUACAAGUCUCUUAAAUUCAGUUAUGAACAGGGGGAUCAUAAUGCCAGGAGCAGUUUCACAUUUACUCCAAUACCAGAGGACGAGCUCAAAAUACUUGAGAGAAAAACUCAGAAGACCAGGUCAGAUAAGAAUAAGAGAAGAUGGCAGAAAAAAGCUAAUGAUGAGGACACAGAUGGUGAUACAGUUACUACAAAGAACAAGAAAAAACUAAAACUGUCCAGAGCAAAACUGAGUUCUGCUGACAGUUCAGGUGGCAAGUCACUGAAAAGGGGAAUUAAAAGGAAAUCUUCACUUUGUGAGGACAAUUUAGUUGUUCUGUCACACAAAGGAACACCAAUGACAGCCAGGAAGCGUAAGCAACAAGAACCAAAAAAUAGGAAGCGAUGUGCUUUGUUGGCCCGCAACACUGUGGAGGGAUUAGAGUCUGAUAGUGAUAGCUAUCUUCUAUAUGAGGGUAAGCGAACUGUGCUUGCUUGGAUGGUUGAAUUGGGCACUGUGCCACUUAAUGGGAAAGUGCAAUACUUGAACCCCAGAAAGACACGACAAAUACUAGAGGGCAAGAUUACAAAAGAUGGAAUCCAUUGUGAUUGUUGUGAUGAAAUCUUAUCAAUUCCCAAAUUUGAGGCUCAUGCAAGUAGCAAGCCCUGUUAUCCAUUUCAAAAUCUCUACUUGGAGUCUGGAACUUCCCUCUUACAGUGCAUGCAAGAUUCAUGGAACAAACAAGAAGAGUCCAAAUGUAAGGGGUUCCAUUUUGUUGAUUUUGGUGGUGAAGACCCAAAUGAUGAUACAUGUGGUAUAUGUGGAGAUGGUGGAGACUUAAUCUGUUGUGACGGUUGCCCGUCAACUUUCCAUCAAAACUGCUUGGACAUAAUAAAAUUCCCUUCUGGAAAGUGGCAUUGUGUAUAUUGUUCUUGCAAAUUUUGUGGGAGAAUUGAUGAUAAUACUUGCCAAAUGGAUGAUAAGGACUCCGCUGUACCGGCAUUACUAAUAUGCAGUUUGUGUGAAGAAAAAUAUCAUCCAAGCUGUUGUCAGGCAGAUGAUGCUACAAAUGAUGAUCCUAGUAGUCUGUCCUUCUGUGGAAAGAAAUGUCAAAAGAUAUUUCUGAGACUAGAGAACCUUCUUGGGGUUAAACAUGAAUUGGAAGAUGGGUAUACAUGCACUCUUAUCCAUCGGUCUGAUGUUGGUUCAGAUCUUGUUUGCACUGAUGUGUGUAAGAAGGUUGAAUGUAAUGCCAAGUUAGCUGUUGCAUUAUUUGUUAUGGAUGAAUGCUUUUUGCCUCUUCCUGACCACAAGAGUGGAGUUAAUCUGAUACAGAAUAUUGUCUAUAAUUUUGGGUCAAACUUUAAGCGUCUAAAUUAUAGCAGUUUUUACACAGCAAUUCUAGAGAGAGAUGAUGAGAUCAUCUCUGCAGCAUCCAUUAGGAUCCAUGGAAAUGAAUUAGCAGAGAUGCCCUUUAUUGGGACGCGCCACAUGUAUAGACGUCAAGGAAUGUGCCGUCGGCUUUUAAAUGGAAUUGAAUCUGUUCUUUGCUCUCUACAUGUUGAGAAGUUAGUCAUUCCUGCAAUCUCCCAACUCACAGAAACAUGGACUUCAGUUUUUGGUUUCAAGCCCCUAGAAGUGUCAAGCAAGCACAAAAUGAAGAACAUGAAUCUAUUGGUGUUCCCCGGUGUAGAUUUGUUGCAGAAACCAAUGCUGAAACAUCAUUUUAUUGGGAAAAGCAUGGUUCCUGUUGAAGGUGUAAAAUCCGAAGAACUUAAGAAGCAUCAAACCGUUGAUGAGAUGGCACAUAAUUCGGAUGGGAAACGUUUAUAUCUGAUUGAUUUGAAUGUUUGUAGUGAAGAUACAGAACUUGAUGAAUCUGUCAUUGGAUCCACUUUGCAGUUUCCUGAUGGAUUGUCCUGUGAUACAUCUAAUGUGAUGAGUGAGACUGUCAACUUACCAGAAUCCACUACUGAUACACAAUGUAUCGACCAAUUGGGUGUGAUUCAUAAUGUAGUGAAGGGGAAUGAUAAAUCUGUCAUUAGUCCUCUGGGUUCUGCAUCUGAUUUUAGACAAACUGAAGUUCCCAGUGAUCAUGGAAAAUGUCCUGAUGCUUCUGCAUUGACUACUGAAGGCAGUGCAUCUGAUGUUCAAAUAGAAAAUAGCAUCAUUAAACACAUCAGUUCCUGUGACGAGGCACUUGCAUCUGAUGCCAGUAAAUCUAUCGAACAUCAGGAUCUGAACAUUUUACAGAGAUUAAAACCUUCUAGUGAGAAUGUUGUCGCUCAUGAUUCGGAGGCUACAAAUCAUGUGGAUCUCAAUGCAAAGUUUAUUAAUGGUCCUCAACAGUCGCUAGUCACAUCUGAGUCAGGUGAAAGGACAGUUGACACUGAUGUAGUAAAAAGUAACCUUGCUGUUUCCCUGGAUCCGUCUACAGCAUCAGUUGAUCUGUACCGUGCAUCUACCAGAAGCUCUUGUACCAAUUUGCUGCAGAAGAGUAGCAACAUCCCCAGUUGCAGUAUUAACCAAGCUUCCUCACCCACCUCCCAAAUUCUACAAAAUCUUGAUAAUUCUAGUUCUUUUGUUGAGAACUCUAUAGCUGAUGACUCUCAGAUGAAUACCAAGUCUACAAUGCACCCUGGGGCAGAUUCUCAGGUUAUUCAUUCAACUGUCACACAUUGCAAUUCUGAAGCUUUGUGCAACUUGAGUCCUGGUUCUGGUGUGGGUGUAAACUGUGCCUCUGGUGGGGGCAACUCAUGUGGUACCCCUGAGGUGAUAAUCCUAUCUAACCAGGCUAAUUGAUUUCGUUUUUGUUAUGCUCUGUAGAAAUCAGGUGUGUUUUUUAUGGUAGAAAUGAACGAGGUAACCGGAUGACGGGCUUGGACAAGUGAUUUCUCAUUAUCAUAGCAUUUCAGCUUUUUGAGGUUCAUUUUGUAGCGGUGAAGCUGAAGGCUCAAAGCAGGCGUCUUAAUUUUUGGGAAGUCAAAUUUUCAGAAUUUGCAAUUUUUUGGAAGUACAGUUUAGCCAGAGCCUUGUAAUCGAAAUGGUAUUGCAUAGCGUAGCUUUAAAAUCUAGAUUUAGCUGCCACUGAGGGUUGUGUAUUUCUAACAUCAUCCAUGCCCCUUUGUAAAUGAAACAAUUCAUGGCAAUAUUAUGAAAAUAGUCAUUCUUCUGACCA